GUUUUUUAUAUGUAAUAAUACAGCUAUACGAGCUAGCUCACAGUUGCCUUAACCUACUAAUACUUUGUUUGUGAAUGACCGCUUUUCCAAGCAUCUGUACAUUUUUUAAAACUAUACUUGCUGCACCACAGCAACUAAGACUUUCGCUUUUGUUAAUGUGUCAGGAGAAUCGCAAACAAACUAUGCAAACGAUUCAAGCCACUGGUGAUCAAACUAUUCAGUCAGAACCGUACCACAAUGAAGGUAUUUCAGAGAAGUCAGUGGAAUCAACAGCGCUGAACAAAGAGAUAAUCAGUUCAAGUUUAUGCUGUGUUAGCGAAACUAUCGAUGGUUUAUCGUAUGCACCAACUAAAUUUAUUUGCAAUGACAAACUUCUAACAAACAUAGAUGCUCUGAAAGGUUAUGUAUUUCUGCGUUAUAUAAAUCUGGGAUUCAACCAUUUGACAAAUUUAAAAGCCUUAUCUGAUUUAUUCAAUCUAAUUGUACUCAGAGCAGCGUAUAACGAGAUUGAAGAAUUCCCAUGUGGAAACUGGCCUAGUCUUACACAUUUAGAUUUAAGACAUAAUCGCAUCAAAAAACUGACGACAGUAAAUUAUCCCAGGCUAAUGGUUUUGUUUCUUGACAAUAACCAAAUACGCAGACUAACUAACCAUACUGAUGGAUCGUGUUAUUUCAAUAAUCAGUCAACACCAAAGUUGCAUACACUUGGAUUAUCACAUAAUUUAAUUGAAAUAGAAGAUACUGCAACAGAUGGUCCUCGUGCAAACAUUACUAUUGGAUUAGAAUUAAAAAAUCUUAAAGCUUUAUUUCUUGGCUAUAACAGGAUAGUUAGUUUUGGAAAUUAUAAUUUAAAGAGUGAAACUCAGAGAAUUCAUCUAAUAGUUUACUUGACAACUCAUCUAAUGAUAAAAAGCAAUAUAACUUGAAGUACAAUUCACUUCUUGGUUAUCUUCCAAAUUUGUCUGUUUUACACAUCAGAAGUACUGGACUUGUAAAUCUUGAUGGGAUAACCUCUGAAUGUUUUCCAAAAUUACAAUAUAUCAAUGUUAGAGAGAAUCAAAUCGGAAGUUUAGAAGAAGUGAAAAAGUUAGUCAGUUUCCAGCAUUUGCGAACUGUGAUUUUUACAGAUAAUCCAGUUUUUGACGCCAAAGAUUAUAGAUUGGAAGUUCGAGUUUGCUUACUCAGUUUGAGAAGACUGGAUAAAGAUGUUUACACAAUUGAAGAAAAUGAAGAAGCUAACGAAUUGGCUAUGCAAAGAAUGCAGGCAGCAUAAUCUUUUUAAAUUAUGACAAAACAUCUAUUUAUAACAUCGUUUAAAAAGGUGACCGAUUCUACUUUUUACAAACAAUGAAGUUUUG